UAGCCUACUCGUUUUCAUUCAAUGGUGCCCUGAACAGGAAAAUCGCACAACCCCGAUCCGUAGCAAUUGCAAAUUGAUAGAGCCUUGUUCUUCUAAAUCCUUCAGAAAACAUCAUGGGAAAAGUAAUCCAGCCUUAUUUCUAAUCAGAUUACCGUCCAUCCUGGGUCUAAUUUCAGACGGAUCUUGAAACCAACUCGCAUUCUGGUGGCGAUCGCUGUCCCAGGUGCUGAAUUCCCCGCCUCCCUCGGUCUCAAUUGUAACCCUCAGCUCAGCGAGCUCAGACUAUUAACAACGCUUUAACGGGGAAAGACAGAGCGAGCUGGACUGACGUGAAUGUCAAGUAACAGCACGCUGGUGAACAAGACGAUUGUUCUAUUAAAUGGGAUUUCACAUUCCGCGGCUGUUUGAAGAAUGGAGACAAUUCCCCUGCCUGCCGUACCACUGUUUAUUCUGAGCUGUUUCAGCGUUGCUCAAGUCGUAGCCGACAGUUUGACGGCUCCUGUCAAUGUGACGAUCAGAGAGCUGAAGGCCAACUCCGGCGUGGUCACAUGGGACAUCCCAGAGGGGGACCCUGUCAUUGGAUUUGCCAUCACCCAGCAGAAGAAGGAUGUGCGCAUGCUACGCUUCAUCCAGGAAGUGAACACGACCACCCGUAGCUGUGCAUUAUGGGAUUUAGAGGAGGAGACCGACUACAUAGUGCAUGUGCAGUCCAUUGGUACAAACGGGCCCAGUCCUCUCAGCCAGCCAUUACUGUUCCGCACACCCGCAGAAGCUGAGACUCCUACAAGUAAAGACGAGGUUACCAUGGAGGAGGUGGGACAAGCCAAUCAGCUGAGGGCAGGGGAGAUCAUCAUCAUCGUAGUUGUACUCAUUAUGUGGGCAGGUGUGAUCGCUCUCUUUUGCCGUCAGUAUGAUAUAAUCAAAGACAACGAGCCCAACAACAACAAAGACAAAGCCAAGACCUCCUCCGAGUGUAGUACCCCUGAACACCCCUCAGGGGGGCUGUUGCGCAGUAAGUUCCCCAACAACAACUGCAACAACAACAAGAGGACGCCAUCUGUGCACAUCAUCGAGGUGUGACGGUCCCCAUCUCCUAACCGAAGGACUUCAAAGGAGUCUCCCGAACUUGGAUCGUAUGGCUCUCCUCCCUACACAGACCUUGCUCCUGAUGUGCCAGGCACUCUGGGAGCUGGCUCUGCCCUCGCUCCUGUCAGCUGUGUCUGGGGUUUGAAUGUGAGCCAAGGACAGCUCCUCAGGGACUGGCCACCAUGGGCCAGCGGCAAGCAGAGGGGGACACAAUGGUGGGUGGGGCAGACGCCCAGGGACCCUCUCUCUCUCUCUCGGCUGCAGAAGCGAGGAGAUAAGGCCCCCCAUCUUCUGAUGAACAUGUCCACAGAGCUGGAGAUUAGUUGGGGCGACAGAGACGCUUUUCUUUCUCGGCUCCUUAUCGAUGUGCACCCAGCCCCUUCUUGAGCCGUGGGUGAGGAGAGAAGACGGCGGCCAGAUGGCCUCUAGGUCCUUUUCUUCUCCACUCCGGCCUCUUCUCUCCUCCACGCCCUGGGUCUUUGGUUCUUCUGUAAAGAUUUCUUACCGCUGUGCAUCUUAACCGUUUCAGUGCAGGUUUAUCUCUCACACCGCACAUUUGCAAAACUGAGCAUGUUUCAACUACACUUCAUCUUCCGAAACACAAAGCCGCAAACCAGCAUUUUUCAAACUCGACAGCAACUCCCGAACAUGUUUGCAUCUCUGGUUGCCUCCUGCUCCGAUUUCUGUCCUCAGCAAUUUGCCAUUUAUUCAUUUCCCUGUUGUUUACGACACAGCACUGGCAGUGUAUUUUAAUUUAGAGGCCCCUUAGCCCCCAUGUAUCAUCACUGUUUUGAGGUUGAUAAAUUGAUAGAGAGAGGAGGGGAUAAAGUCAGAUCUGUAGAGAAAAUCGGCCAAGCAUCUGGACCAGGGCCAGGCAUGCUGGAGCAUCUGCACCAGUCUCAGUGAUUGGUAGGACUUCAGGGAGGCAUCUGUGGCUGAUCGCUCUCCUUUCCUCUCUCCCGCCUGCCUCGCAGGAUAGACGACUAUUCCCUAAAGAACGCAGGGCUAAAUUUGGAACGGUUGAUAGUUACCUGCUGAGGACCCAGGCUGGAUCAAAGCAUGCCUCGGUGAAAACUCUCAUGGUCGCUCUUUCUCUGACUGAUGGGGUGUUAUGAUCUUUGGUUUGUAUUCAUAACAACCUUUGAACAUUAAUUAUAUCAAACUGUUGAACUCAACAGGUAAUGAGCGGCUUUUUAUUCAGGAUGAAAUUACAUUAGUCAUAAUUUAUACACCUUUGAUGUACAUUACUUUAAUCAUAGAAACAUUAUACUGGAUUGAUAUUUGUGUGUCAUGUUUAAUGAAAACAUUUUUUUUUUUGUCUUUGAUUAAUACUUUUGAAGUUUGUGGGUAUUUGGAAAGCCUCUUUCUCUUUGACUUCAAAAGAGACACUUCACACAUAUAGAGGACACAUUUCCAAAUGUUUCAGACAUCUAUUUCAGAUAUAUCAGUUAACGUUUGCCAGGAAGAAACAUUUAAAGGCAACUUCAGCGUGCCACCACAGCAUGAACAAAGAAUGUAUAAUAAAUAUUAAGAUGUUAUUUGAUGAUGAAAAACUUGUUUUUAGAAACACUGCUAUCAUUGAAUCAAACAAAUAUCUUUUGUCUUUUGGAUCUAAAAGGGAAACUGACCCUGUCUCCUUGAAAGGGCUCAAAAAAAUCUCACGUUAGCAAUAAUUAUCAGGGCAGUAUAGAGUGUAGUCAAAGUCGCAAAAUGUAAACCACUUGAAAAGUUUGAUGGUAAAAUGGGGGUGCAAAUCAUUGCCCCCCACAAUUUGGUUGUGUUAGUAGUUUGAGGUUUUUAAACAAUAAUAUAUUCCAAUGGAGGUUUAUUGUGAGCAUUUUAAACAGCUCUUGGUUGUUCCUAAAUGGCUUCCAACAAGGAAGGGCUUCUGUCAAGCAAAAGAAAAAAAAGAAAACCCUUUUGAAAAAAAAAAAACAAGUGAAGAAUGGUGUAUGUUAAAACAUCAUUCAGGACUGAGCUUGGUCUACACCAACCUGUGGACGGUUCAAGGAGUAAGUACAGACAGGAUGAACCCUGAGAAUUCUAUCCACAGAGUCCCAUUUGUUUUUUUAUAAAUGCAAAUGCAGAUAUUGUGUUGCCUGCUGAUAAGUCAUUUACUAGAGCUGGUCCUGAUUCUGUGAUUUGAUCUUGAACUGAUGUGCUGGAAUUUCUUGUGUUUUAAUGGGGGGGGUGUUUUAAGUUGGCUCAGCCAACAGGGCAGGAUUAUUAAUGGACAUUGGAGUGGAUCUCAUGUAUGUCACCACUGACCUCCUGUAUGUCCUAAUUUCUUCUUUAGCACAAAGAAUAGACUGAAGGCGGGGAAAGGUCACAGAGUUUAGGAACUGUUUUGAAAGGAAAUAGUGAAAGGCAUAAUGUUGGGUUUUAAUGCAGCGCAUUUACAGUACAAGGCUUACAGACAGUGGUUACUGUUGUGUUUUCCUUUUAGUAGAGAAGAGUGCUGACGUAUCGUAUGUACUGUAGGUAAUAUGACUGUUUAUAAAGCAAACUGUCUGCCCAUGAGUAUUGUAUGUAUAACAUCCAUUUGAUUAUCCGCUUAUGAUCAUAUAUGUAUCAAUCUGAUGCAAUUUAUAAAGCUUGCUCCUUAUUAGAAAAUAAAGACAAAUGUCAAAUAA